AUGUCUGUUGAUACAAUUCGUAGAGCUGGAGAACUGCUUUGCAUAUGGAAUCCGGAUGUUUUUCAAUUGAAGGCUAGCUGCUGCAACCAGAAUUUCUUGCUGCUCUCAGAUACAAUUUUUCAUAGUUUUGAGUGUGUUAUCAUCAAUGUAUAUGGUCCUAAUGAGGUGGCAAAAAGAAGAGAGGUGUGGGAGUGUUUAAUCAGAUUAAAAUCCAUCUUUCUGGGGCUGUGGUGUUUGGGUGGGGACUUUAAUGAAAUCAGAACCAUUUCAGAAAGGAUUGGGUGCUUCAGACGGUAUAGAGGGAUGAGGGAUUUUAAUUAUAUGAUUGCUCAAUUGGAAUUGAUGGAUAUGCCCAUGCUAGGAAGGAAGUUCACUUGGUGUAAUUCCCAAGAUAGAGAGAAGUGGAGCAGACUAGAUAGAUUCUUACUUAACCAUGAUUGGGUGCAAACCUUCAAUUUCAAAUUAUGGGGUCUUCCUAGACUGCUGUUUGACCAUUGUCCCAUUAUUUUAAUGGAGGAUGGUAGGGAUUGGGGCCCUAGGCCGUUUAGGUUUAUUAAUGCCUGGCUGUUACAUCUUAAUUUUCUCCCUUUUGUGAAGCAAACCUGGUCAGAGCUUAUGGUGGAAGGGUGGGCAGGGUUCAAGUGUCUUAUGAAAUUUAAAGCUUUGAAACAAGCAUUAAAACAGUGGAACAUGGAGGUGUUUGGUAAGAUUGAAGCUAAGCUUAAAAUUGUAGAAGAUGAAGCUCAUGCUCUUGAUCUAUUAGCUGAAGAAAGACCACUUCUUGCUCCAGAACAAGGUAGAAGAAAGGAUGUUAGGAGUGAAGUUUGGAGACUCAGUAAAAUGUUGAAAUGGACUUGGUUGCAGAAAUCUAGAAGCAACUGGGCAUCUAAAGAAUUUUGGAGUCACAGACCUAAAUUAUCUGGUCCUUUUAAGAACAUUGGUGGUGCUCAAGUGGUGGAACAAUUGGAGGCUGUUUUCACAGAGGAGGCAAUCAGAGAGGUACUCAAUAGCUGUGAGGGCAAUAAGGCCCCUGGGCCUAAUGGGUUCAACAUGUCUUUUUUCAAGAAGUGUUGGGGCAUUGUAAAAUAUGAUGUGCUUCAAUUCAUGAGAGAAUUUCAUCAGAAUGCAAGCUUGGUCAGAGGGCUUAAUAGCUCCUUUAUUGCUCUAAUCCCAAAAUCUGAUAGCCCAUCCGGUUUGAACGAGUAUAGGCCCAUUAGUUUGAUUGGCUCUUUAUACAAGAUUCUUGCUAAGGUGCUAGCAAACAGGAUUAAACUGGUGAUGCCUAGGAUAAUUAGCGACGUUCAGUCAGCUUUUUUGGGGGGAAGGCACAUACUGGAUGGGGUUUUGAUAGCCAAUGAGGCAUGGCAGCUGAGUAUAGACUGGCUUGCUGCCUUCACUGGAAUCUGGAUUCUAGCCAUGUGGUGGAAAGUGGCAGCCAGCUACAUGGUGGGGAAGCCAUGA